AUGUCUGCGCAUCACAAGAAAAAGCUUAUGCCCAAAUCGGCAUUGCUGAUUAGAAAAUACCAGAAAGGCAUUAGAGCAUCCUUCAUCGGGCUCAUCUUGGUGUUGUCCGUUCUAUUUUUAAUGAGUGGCUCAAAGUCCUCAGAGAUGACAGUGACUCAGAGUCCUAGUACCAGUCAAGUAACUAGUAAAGGUUACUUGAUGCCGUUUACUGAUAAGUCACAGGGCGUAAUCCACCCUCUGGAUGAUGGCAAGAAAGAAAAGGGUGUUAUGGUCACAUUGGCCAGAAAUUCUGACUUAUGGAACUUGGUUAAAUCCAUUAGACACGUUGAAGAUAGAUUCAAUAACCGAUACCAUUACGAUUGGGUGUUUCUGAAUGACGAACCCUUCAGUGACGAGUUUAAACGCGUUACCAGUGCAUUAGUUUCUGGUAAAGCGAAGUACGGGAUAAUUCAGAAGGACCAUUGGUCUAUUCCAUCUUGGAUCGAUACUAAUAAAUUCGACGAUAAAAGACGUGAAAUGGGCAAAUUGGCUAUUCCAUACGGUGAUUCCGUGCCUUACCGCCAUAUGUGCCGUUUCCAGUCAGGGUUCAUAUGGAGACACCAUCUACUAAACGAGUAUGAGUGGUUUUGGAGAGUGGAUACCGAUAUCACUCUAUUCUGUGAUAUUCAGUAUGACAUAUUCAAGUUUAUGAAAUUAAAUAAAAAAAAAUAUGGGUUUAUUCUUUCUGUAAGUGAAUAUGAGCAAACAAUUCCAACAUUGUGGGAAACAACAAAAAAAUUCGUCAAGAAGAAUCCUAAGUUCUUAAACAAGAAUAAUCUCAUGAAGUUCAUCUCUAAUGAUGACGGUGAGACAUACAAUAUGUGUCAUUUCUGGACAAACUUCGAGAUUGGCUCUUUAGACUUCUUCAGAUCUGAAGCGUACAGGGAAUACUUUGAUUACUUGGAUGAAUCCGGUGGAUUUUUUUACGAAAGAUGGGGGGAUGCGCCAGUGCAUUCCAUUGCUGCCUCUUUGUUUUUGAACAAAUCUGAAAUUCAUUUCUUUGACGGUCUUGGAUUCCAUCAUCCAGAUUUCACCUCUUGCCCCAUCGAACAGGAUAUCAGGUUACAAAACAAGUGUACCUGCGAGCCAAGCAAGGACGUUACCUGGGAGUCUAGCUACUUCUGUACUAGAAAGUACUUUUCGGCGGAAAACUACAAACUUCCACCUGGAAUUGGAAAGUGA